AUGUGGACACGUACAGCGCUCGUUCGCACAGUCGGCAGGCUGCGUACGCGCUCCUUGCACACGAGCGCAACAUGUUUUACGGAAGAUAUAUCGAAAGAUAUGGACUACGUACUGACGCAAGAUACGAUGCCGCUCUCUCAAUUGCCAGAAUACCGCUUUGAUGACAUUUCAACCAUCGGUCAUUUGCGACUACAGAAAGAGCGGCAAAUGCUUAAAUAUUAUCGAGUGAUGGCAAACGAGUUUCCAAAGCUCAAAGAAUUACAUGAGCCCUUUAUCCCACCAUCACCAUCUUCUUUCCUUACCAUGAAAUUCACUCACUACCAGGGUGAAGCACACCCCGACACUCGAAAGGUUGUACUCACAUUUCAUAUCAAGGAUUUAUUUAAUGGGGAGGUGCUCUCUACGCCGUUGUCCAAACACAAGUUCUUACUUCUGGCUGGGCCACGUUGGCAACCUCCAAAUGCUUCCUUUGUUGAGCGCUGGAACACAGCUUUAUCAAAAGGCGAAAACUUCCUCAGCGAUAUUUGUCAAAAGGAAGAUGAUCUAGGUUCUGUGAAGAUUGCAUCAAAUUCCAUGCCGCACGAGUCUCAGAACAUGAAAUGGUGUAGUGAUGUGUUGGACCGCAUGGUAUCUGAAGCGAAUGUACGUGUAAAAUCUCUUUUGUAUACGCGUAUUCUUACAAUUACAGGCUAA